CGCGGCGGCAGUCGGCGGGGCUCGGGACGCGCCAGCGGCGGCGGAGGUACCGGGCUGCGGCGCCGCCUGCUCCGCCCGCAGUCGCCAGCGCCAUGGGCUCCUGAGGUUGGAUGGUGUAGUUGAGCUUUUGACCGUCUUGUUCUGCCCAGGAUGCUGGCGGUUCCCCAGGUUUGUGCUGCAGACACUCUCCACGCUGCAGCGCAUCUUUCACAGCCAGCCCAUCACACACUCCAAGAGAUUCUCUCAGGAAGCCUGCUGCUGCUGCUGAGCACCAUGACAGUGAGGGGGGCUGCGCUGGCCCCAGACCCAGCAUCACCCACGACCGCAGCAGCUUCGCCUGGCGUCUCUGCAACCCCCGAGGGCAGUCCCACAGCCAUGGAGCAGCCCGUGUUCCUGAUGACCACGGCCGCCCAGGCCAUCUCUGGUUUCUUUGUGUGGACAGCUCUGCUCAUCACCUGCCACCAGAUCUACAUGCAUCUGCGCUGCUACAGCCGCCCCAACGAGCAGCGCCACAUCGUGCGCAUCCUCUUCAUCGUGCCCAUCUACGCCUUCGACUCCUGGCUCAGCCUCCUCUUCUUCACCAAUGACCAGUACUAUGUGUACUUCGGCACCAUCCGUGACUGCUACGAGGCCUUUGUCAUUUAUAACUUCCUGAGCCUGUGCUAUGAGUACCUUGGGGGAGAGAGUGCCAUCAUGGCUGAGAUCAGAGGGAAGGCCAUCGAGUCAAGCUGUAUGUAUGGCACGUGCUGCCUGUGGGGAAAGACCUACUCCAUCGGAUUCCUGCGUUUCUGCAAACAGGCCACCCUUCAGUUCUGUGUGGUGAAGCCUCUCAUGGCUGUUAGCACCGUUAUUCUCCAGGCCUUCGGCAAGUACCGGGACGGGGACUUUGAUGUCACCAGUGGGUACCUCUAUGUGACUAUCAUCUACAACAUCUCCGUCAGCCUGGCCCUUUACGCCCUCUUCCUCUUCUACUUCGCCACACGGGAGCUGCUCAGUCCCUACAGCCCUGUCCUCAAGUUCUUCAUGAUCAAGUCCGUCAUCUUUCUCUCCUUCUGGCAAGGCAUGCUCCUGGCUAUCUUAGAGAAGUGUGGGGCCAUCCCCAAGAUCAACUCAGCCCGUGUGUCCGUGGGCGAGGGCACCGUGGCUGCUGGCUACCAGGACUUCAUCAUCUGUAUUGAGAUGUUCUUCGCGGCCCUGGCCCUGCGGCAUGCCUUCACCUACAAGGUCUACGCUGACAAGAGGCUGGACGCUCAAGUGCUGACAUACGGCCCAUACGGCCGCUGUGCCCCCAUGAAGAGCAUCUCCAGCAGCCUCAAAGAGACCAUGAACCCCCAUGACAUCGUACAGGAUGCCAUCCACAACUUCUCCCCUGCCUACCAGCAAUACACGCAGCAGUCUACUCUGGAGCCUGGGCCCACCUGGCGCGGUGGCACCCACAGCCUUUCCCGGUCCCACAGCCUCAGUGGUGCCCGUGACAACGAGAAGACUCUGUUGCUCAGCUCUGAUGAUGAGUUCUAAGUAUGGGCACUGGUGGGGAAGGAGAAGUGCCUCCUCCAGCCUCCAGCCAGGCCGGGGAGCAGCCCGCACAGUGUUGCUGUUGCCCCUUUAUUUAUUGGACCAGAAACACUCGCAUAUCGCUUCCAGAGGAACAGGCCUCAGGAAUGUGUCUACAUGGCCAACCCUGCACUAUCUGGGGCAAGAGCAGGGGACGCUGGCUGUAGCUGCCACACCUCUGCUGCCCGUCCUGUAUUGGGGACACGUCUGGAACCAGCCAUGCCUGGGCCAAAUGCUUGUGUGUUGGCCAGAAGCUGCAUCCUAAGCCCCCUCCCAACAAGAUAUCUGCGAGGCUCUCAGGCCCAGCCCACCCCACACCGUGCAAUACCCAGACCUGACCUCAUCUUCCCACCUGCCUGCCCCUCCCUCUUCAUCCUUGUCCAGUGUGAGAUUCGUCUCAUUCUGGGCAGGAGGAGGAGAGUGAAUGUUCUGUGGACCUUCCCUUCUCCUAACCUAGGCCUGCCUGGCAUGCUGCAAGGAUCAGAGCCAGACCCCAGGAGCCCCGGGGCCCACCUAGGAAGGAUGCCUCCGUGCCUAUGGGCCCUUGGGUGACAUGUGGGGCUCUGGGCCCUUGGGUGUCCUCACUGUGGCCAUUCGGCUUGCCUCUUGGCUCUUCUGGCCUGCUGAGGACAGCCAGCAGUCCAUACUGCUCUCUCACUUGGGUCCAGUUCUUGAUAGUUUGGGGCAGAGCCCCUGUACUUCUGACUGUGCCAGGGCUUGCUCCUCCUCAAUGGAGCAGUCAGACUCCUGCUAGGUCCUGGUCUCUCUGCCUGGGGCUUAUCCCUCCUGGGUCAUGGAAGAAGUCUGAGUCUCCACGUUCAGACCACUUCCAGAGGGAGGCUGGAGGGAUGGUUAUGCAGCCGGGUCAAGGUAGGGGUGGUCUCAGACCCCUGGGUCCCCUGGCCAUGCAGGGCCUGGUGUUCUGCUCCCUCUGGCCCCUGGCCCAUCUCUUCUGUGCCUUAGUCACAUAUGAAAGCCCCUCCCCAGUCCCCAGUCUGUCCCAGGCACUUCCUUGUUGAGCUGCUGGCACUCAGGACUCUAGGUCAGGUGUCCUUGUCUGGGACCACGCAUUCUCUCCCCUGGCUCCCUCGGCACUCCCAUCCCAGAUCUGCCUCCAGGGCUGGAGCCUCCCAGGGAGGGGACUGAGGACCUGGUGAGUGGAAUCCAGGCAGCACCUGGGUUUGGCUUCAGCAGCCUCUUGAGGUGGGCAGAGUGAUGUAGAAGGAAGAGCCCUGCCUUGUGGCCUUCACUGGAAGCCCUCCCUCUGGUCACUUCUGGAACAAACAGGUUCCUUCCCUAGGGUCCAUGGGGAGGGGCCUCAUGGGGCUGCUGCAUCCUAGCAACCUUCUUACUCUCCUUCCUUCCUCGUGGCCUAGAGGCCAGCAUGUGGGGUAGGUACCAGAGGGCAGCUCUCAGCCCCACCCAGUAGGCCUGGCCAGCUGGUCCCAAGCUGCCCAGGAAGGCAGCUGGCAGAUGGGAGCUCCUUGGGGUGUGGCCAUGGUUCCCUCCUGGGAUGGCUUCCACCAGUCUGUUUCUCAGACUUUUCCCUUCCUUGCAGGCCAAAGGAUGUUGCUGGUUUCUGUCCCCACUGGUCCCCACCCACCCUGGCACUUGCCUGUUGGCAUGGUAGGCGAGGCUGUGGGGGAGCUCAGUGGCAGGAAGCUUGUGGUCCAUGGGAACACGGGACAGGAACCUGUACCCACCGACCGCCCCAUUCCUUCUUCCUAGGAUGCAUAACCUAUCUUGUCUCAUUUAUUUUUUAUUUUUUCCAGAUAGAGUAGCUCUUUGUACAUAAAAGAAAAUACUUGAAAAUUAAUUGUAUGAUGUAUGAGAAGACAGAGCCCCUAGUUUUGUAUCUCGUCCUGUGACUGCCAUGCCUUCCACCAGAAAGCCGCUCUAUUUUGGUCUCUGUGAUAUUUUAAAUGCGUGACAGAAGCAGCAAAUGAAGUCAGGAAAAAUAUACAUGAGAUAAUAUAGAUUGUACCGAAACUC